UUCUUCUUCUUCUUCUUCUACUUAACUAUCCCCAACUGCUCUCCGUCCGUCCCCCGUCCUUAGUCCCUUUCUCAUCGCCCCAACCCCAUCGCUACGUGUUUCGCCUUCGUUUCCAUGCCGCCCAAGUAACUUUUCUGUGUCUCUACUCCAGACGCAUCUCAUUUUCACCUGCUUGCCCUGCCUGUGCGGUCCGCCCGCCAAAGGAGCCCGCACCAACUUCCUCUCCUACACUUCCCCCCUCCCUCCCCUUCCCGACUCUACCAUUCAGUCCUUCGCUCGUUUCUCUACGCGCAUUGUCGAAAUACCGCCCUUAUUCUGCCUAUUGCUGUAUGAUGUAUUCCUAGGAAUUGAUGCUCGCGCCACGCAUCAGAUCCCCCGCAGAAUAUUAAAUAAGCCACCGUUUUUCUUCGCGCCCACAUCGGGUCCUGCGAAUGGUAUCCAUUUCAUCACGACCGCCACCUACGCCGUCGUUCCCCAUUAGCAUUUGCAGGUGUUCUAGUUCGACUCUCCGCGUUGCCUGUCAGCGAAUAAAUCUCCCCGCCUCAUAACUGGCGAAUUUGCUUCCCUGGGAAGAUCGUUCGCUCCGCCGCUUUUUCCAACUCUCCGAUCUAUUCUAGGAUACAUUCACAGGCAAACUUAACCUUUUUAUCCACCACUCCUAUAUCCACGCGCGCAUCUACGCAUACAUACACACACACACACAAUGGAGUUCCCGCAGGAGAACAGGGGGAGGUCUCUCUCAACGGAAAAUAAGAAUCGCUCGUUAAAUCCAUCGCCCUCCCACCAGCCUCCAUACUACGACAACCAGCCUCCUCCAGCUGGACUCGAUCAUGCUGGUUCUGUAUUCCCCCAUUCCCGUGUUCUCACCUCUUCCACUGAGCAAUUUCCUAUAAUCACCCCGUACCUGGCCUCAUCUGCGCAUGACACCCAUUUUCUCCAUUCUUCUGGAGCCCCGUCGUCCGAACCACAACCUUUCGGUCAACCUCAACCGUACUCCCAAUCCUUCGAGGCCGGCUUCCUCAGCCAGCUUGAGCGCUCGUCUAAUAUCAAAGCUGCUGAAGGGGAGGAGAACUUCUCCAAUCUUUUAAACUCAAAUCAGCAAUUUGAAGAUUUUCCUAUUUUCACCAAUACCAACCCUACGUCAGAUUUUGACUCGUCUUUCAUGCUUGACCCACAGCUUAAUCAACACCACCACCAGCAGCAGCCGCAGCCGCAGCAACAAUUGAACCAGUCCGUCAACCCGGCAGACUUGAGCAGGAUGUCAUCACCACACAACCCUACUCCACCGCAUUUGGUACCGCCUGACGCCCACCGGUCCCCUGGACGGCCAUCAUCCCCCGCGUCCAGUCCCGGUGCCUAUUAUACCCCCGGCCAUUCUCGCCCUGCGUCAUUAGACCCCGCAAGUGCGGCCUUUCUAACGAGCCAACCCCAGUCCGAUUGGCAUGGAAUGUUAGGAAGUCCCGCUUUCCAGACCCAUCGAAGAGCGCCGUCAGAACAUUCGGACGUUUCUUCUGCUGCCCAUUCACCCUAUCUGAGUCACCAUGAUGCCUUUGAUGGGGACACGAACAAUCAUUCCCCCUUACUAUCCGCCCAAAAUGACCCCGGACUGUAUGAGAACGCCUUGGGGAUGGAAACAUUCACAAUAUCAGAUCAACGUCAUGGACUUAGCCCAGGCCAUAGCCCCUACAUUUCUCCACGCUUACUUCCUCAGCAGCAGCAGAGUCCCGAACCUGGUCAAGAUGGCUCAUUCCUCUUGACCCAGCACGUGAAUAAUCAACUCGGACCUACUAGUCCUCCUGACUUGUACACUUCCAGGUCGGAGGCUUCACCCGCGCCGGCUUUUCAAAGUCAUAAUAGCCCUGCUGGAGAUAUGGGUCAGGCCGCCCAAAUGACUCCCCCUUCUAUCAAUGUCGAAUUUGCGCCUCCCUCGCGAACCACGAGCUUUGGACCGGCCAAACCCGAGUCGGAUAUGGACACUUUAAGCCCCCCCGUUGGCCGUUCCCGUGGCAGGAGUAAAUCUGAUCCAUUUGCACAUGCCAUGACUCGUCCGCUGCCAUCGUCGACCACACCCCUUGCAGGGGGUGCGCGCGCCUCAUCGCGUUCUCUUUCACCGUUUUGCGGCAGCACAGGCAAUUUGAGCACUCCGGCUUCCCGUGAUACAUCUCCAGCAGCAGCUAAGAAUCGCCGGCAGUCGACCUCCUCGAUUGACAAUCGUAAUUAUAUACUAGAUCUUGCAGACCCCCAACGCCCAGGUGCCAGCAGUACCGAUUCCAAGCGCGUACAGAAACAUCCAGCAACAUUCCAAUGUAGUCUAUGUCCGAAACGAUUCACGAGAGCUUAUAAUUUACGCUCACAUCUCCGCACUCAUACUGAUGAAAGACCCUUCGUGUGUACUGUUUGUGGUAAAGCCUUCGCCCGCCAACAUGACCGGAAGCGGCACGAAUCACUUCACUCGGGGGAAAAGAAGUUCGUCUGCCGUGGUGAUUUAGCCCGUGGGGGCCACUGGGGCUGUGGUCGGAGGUUCGCAAGAGCUGAUGCGCUCGGCCGCCAUUUCCGAUCCGAGGCAGGUAGAGUCUGUAUCAAACCUUUACUGGAUGAAGAGGCUCUCGAGCGCGAGCGGAACUACGUAGAUCAGCAACAGAUGCACGGCCACUUACAGCCGGUGACCCAGCAAAUGAAUAUCCCCUUAAUGGACGGGCAGCCGACCGGCUUCACACUGCCCGCCGCACUCCUGGCACAGUAUCCUGCGCUGCAAACUCUCCAGUGGGACCAGCUGGCGUCACAGCAAGAUGAUACGAGUGAUAUAGGCGGCGGCGGCGGAGGAGGAGGCGGUAGAAGCAGCUAUGAUGCCAGUUCUGGUGGGGAAUAUGGGUUCGGCGACGAUGAUGAUUCGGGGAUAAAUAGUGGGUAUGUAAGUGGUUCGGGUCAGAAUUACUCUCCUGGGCCGCCGUCGCAGGAUCAGAUGAUGGGCGUUCCGCGUGGAGGUGGCAGUUGGGGGUAGCGCGGGUCAACUAGGAAUGGAAGGUUGGUCAUGAUGGGCGCGAGAUAGCGUUAUUGGUUAUUUAUUGUGAUAUUUCCCUCCUGCUCCUCCUCCUCCUCCUCCCUCCCGCUUUCUUUAUUCUACCUUUCUCCUAGUUUUGGUUCGGGACAAAUACCCUUUACGGCCGCUUUAUAUAUCGAUGACUUUUUAUUUAUUUUUUACUUUUUAUUUAUUUUACUUUUUCUCUUCCCCCUGUUAGCUUCCUCUAUUUGCUUCCGUUCUCACAUUUUCUUCUUCUCCUAUCGAUCUUAGUAUUUGUCCUUUUGUUUUUUGCUCCCUUGGCUACGUAAACGUACGGCAUAGAGGAAGAUGAAACUUUUUUGAGUUUGGACAUCAUGUGUUGUUUUACAGAUCGUAAGUAAUAAUAUAUCAACUUCGGGGGGUUCUCUGGUGAACGGGAAGGAUUGUUUUAUAUAUCCAAAUCUUUUUGUUGUUUGUCUGCUUUAUUUUAUUUUCGAUUCUUUUUCUUUUUUCUUUUUUCUUUUCCUUUCUUCUCUUUUCCCCUGUUUUCUUUCCUUUUGCCCUCUGGUACAGAGCCCCCCCCCCC